AUGACUGAACAGCCUCCAAAGAUGAGUAAAAAAACUCUGAAGAAUCAGGAGCUGAGAAAGGUAUCUGUAAGUCCCAAGGACCAGUCUUCCAGGAAGCAUCAGAGGAAGGGGGAAAAUCCUGUUCGUAUUCCACCUCCUACAGAGCAGUCUGCAGAUUUUGUGCUUUCAAAUUCAUGGAUCUGUAAAAAUGCUGCAUGUAGAGCCGUCCUCUCUAUUGAUGACACAUUUUGCAAGAGGUGCUCUUGUUGCAUUUGUCACUUAUUUGAUGACAACAAGGAUCCUAGUCUAUGGUUGGUUUGCACUUCUGAAUCUGCUAAUGGAGACUCCUGUGGUUUGUCCUGUCACAUUGAGUGUGCACUUCAACGGGAGAAGGUGGGGGUUGUUGAUCUUGGCCAAUUGAUGCAGCUAGAUGGGAGUUAUUGCUGUGCAUCUUGUGGUAAAGUUUCAGGGAUACUGGGAUGUUGGAAGAAGCAACUGAACAUAGCAAAAGAUGCUCGACGAGUUGACAUCCUCUGCUACAGAAUAUUCUUGAGUUACAGGCUCCUGGAUGGGACUUCUAGGUUUGAAGAACUGCAUAAAAUUGUUAAAGAAGCCAAGGCCAAAUUAGAAACAGAGGUGGGUCCAGUGAAUGGAGUAUCUGCAAAGAUGGCACGGGGCAUUGUCAGCAGACUUUCUAUUGCUGGUGAAGUCCAGAAGCUCUGCUCUCUUGCAAUUGAAAAGGCAGAUGAAUGGCUGGCUGCUGUUUCUAAUACAAACCCGAAAUGCAGAGAGGGCUCACUUCCUGCUGCUUGCAGAUUUCACUUUGAAGAAGUGACUUCUUCUUCAGUUGUGAUUGUCCUAAUAGAAUUGCCAGCUGCAUCUAGUGAGGACAUUAAGGGAUACAAGCUAUGGUACUGUAGGAGCAGAGAUGAGAUGCAUUCAAAAGAGCCUAUUUCUGUUUUUCCCAGAGCACAAAGAAGGAUUUUGAUAUCCAAUCUGCAAACCUGCACAGAGUAUUCAUUUCGGAUAAUUUCUUACACAGAGGCUGGUGAUCUGGGACAUUCUGAGGCCAAGUGUUUCACCAAGAGCAUUGAGAUAAUUCAUAAAAAUGCCAGUUCAUCUGCCAUGAGCCAUAAGAGUGAGAAUCCUCACGUAGAAGGAAGUUCUGAAGCCAGGGGGGAAACCAAGAUUCCAGCUGCUGUUGGGUCUUCUCCCGGCUUCAAGGUCCGAGACCUUGGAAAGAUCCUCCGCCUAGCUUGGGCUCAAGAACGAGGCUUAUUCGAGAGCUUUUCUGGGAUAGAUAUAGAAGAAUGCUGUGCAGUUAAUAAUAACACAACUCAAACUGACGGGACUUCUAAAGAUCAAUUGCCAUCUGUUUCACGGGGGCUUGAUCUAAACGUUGCCUCAGUGCCUGAUCUGAACGAAGAGCUA